AUGUUCUCAUUCUACACAUUUGCCUUUGUUAUUUGCACAACUUUCGUAUCUCAUUCGGAUGCCGAUUCGAUUGUCUAUUCAAUUACUCUUCAACAAUAUUCAAAAGUUGAAAUUGGAUGGACUCAAGAUCAAGUAACGCAACUCAUUGGUUCUCAAGGAAAUGUUAUUUCACAAUCUGGAUAUGGAGGUCCCAACACGACAACACUUCAAUAUACUGGAUCACAAUCAUCUUCGUCAGCGACAUUUUAUUUUCAAGGAUCGAUACUUUCCAGUAAAUCUCAAAACGGAUUAGACACAACAGUUUGUCAAAUAACUCAACAACAGUAUAAUCAACUUGAAAUGGGAUGGACUCGAGACGAAGUCACAAAUUUAGUUGGUAAUCCAGGAAUUGUUACUUCGGAAUCAGGAACAGGUAAUACAACGAAUAUUGCUGUUCAAUAUCAAGUGGCUGGAAGUUCAUAUGGGAGAGUUUCUCUGGGAUUUUUGGGGGGAAAACUUAACAUUAAAUAUGGAUAUGGAUUUGCAUCAAUUGUCAAUAAUAAAAUCAGUUUUCAACAGUUUUCGAUCGUUCAAGUCGGAUGGACUCAACAACAUGUUAUACAAUUUCUCGGAUGUCCUGGUACAAUUAUAUCUCAAAGUGGAACACAAGAUUUAUCAAGUCAAUUCACAACAAUUCAAUAUAGUGGAUCACAAUCAUCGUUUCCAUCGAUAGCAUUUAAUUUCCAAGGAGGAAAACUUUACAGGAAGGAUCAAUAUGAAAUAGAUCCACGAGUUUAUACGAUGACUCAACAACAAUUUCUCUCUAUACAAAUUGGAUGGACACGAAAUCAAAUCACAAAUUUUGUUGGAAGUCAAGGAAGGGUCAUUUCAGAAUAUGUAAGUGGAAGUGCAAAUUAUACCACACUUCGAUAUACGGCACCUGGAAAUAUUUAUGGUAGUGCUGAUCUCAAUUUUGUUAAUGAAACAUUAUCAUCAAAAACUGGAAAUGGUUACUUUUUAAAUUCGAAUACAAUUAAUCUUCAACAAUAUACAUCAAUUCAAAUUGGAUGGACUCAACAACAAGUUGUACAACUUCUUGGUGGUUCAGGAAAUCUCAUCUCACAAUCAGGAACGGUGGGUUCACCAAAUGAAUUGACAACUAUUCAAUAUACUGGAUCACAAUCAUCUUCUUCAUCAGCAACAUUUUAUUUUCAAGGAUCAAAACUUUACAGGAAAUCUCAAAAUGGAUUAGAUACAACAGUUUGUCCAAUAACUCAACAACAAUAUAAUCAACUUGUAAUCGGAUGGACUCGAGACGAAGUCACAAAUUUAGUUGGUAAUCCAGGAAUUGUUACUUCGGAAUCGGGAACAGGUAAUACAACGAAUAUUAAUGUUCAAUAUCAACCAGACGGAAAAUCAUCUGGGAGUGUUUCUCUGGGAUUUGAGGGUGGAAAACUUCGCAUUUUUUCUCUUCAUACUUUUGGUGAAGAAAACAUCGAGUUUUCUNCACAAGAUUUAUCAAAUCAAUUCACAACGAUUGAAUAUACUGGAUCAGAAUCAUCGUUUCCAUCGGUGGAAUUUAAUUUCCAAGGAGGAAAACUUUCCAGUAAAAGUCAAAAUGGAAUAGAUUCACGAGUUUAUACAAUGAAUCAACAACAAUUUCUCUCUAUACAAAUUGGAUGGACACGAAAUCAAAUCACAAAUUUUGUUGGAAGUCAAGGAAGGGUCAUUUCAGAAUCUGUAAGUGGAAGUACAAAUUAUGUCACAGUUGAAUAUAGCGCACCUGGAAAUAAUUAUGGUACUGCUGAUCUCUAUUUUUUUAAUGAAACAUUAUCAUCAAAAAGUGGAAAUGGUUAUUUUUUAAAUUCGAAUACAAUUAAUCUUCAACAAUAUACAUCAAUUCAAAUUGGAUGGACUCAAGAAAAAGUUGUACAACACAUUGGUUCUCAAGGAAUCAUUACGUCACAAUCAGGAACGGUGGGUUCACCAAAUGAAUUCACAACGGUUCAAUAUACUGGAUCACAAUCAUCAUCAUCGUCAGCAACAUUUACUUUUCAAGGAUCGAUACUUUCCAGUAAAUCUCAAUAUGGAUUAGACACAACAGUUUGUCCAAUAACACAACAACAAUAUAAUCAAAUUGAAAUCGGAUGGACUCGAGAUGAAGUAACAAACUUAGUUGGUAAUCCAGGAAUUGUUACUUCGGAAUCGGGAACAGGUAAUACAACGAAUAUUGGUGUUCAAUAUCAAGUGGCUGGGAGUUCAUAUGGGAGAGUUUCUCUGGGAUUUUAUGGGGGAAAACUUAACAGUAGAUCUGAAUAUGGUUUCAAAUAA